CUCAACACUAAGCCACUUGCCAUCACCAUUCUGCCCUGAUAACGACUCUCUCAUCUUCACACGACUUCAAUCAUCUAAUUACUGCUUCGUAUUAUUUUCGCAAACAUCACCAUAUCCCACAGCCCAUCAAAUUUCGCGAGAUAACACCGUGCGAUGAGAUUCUCUACCGUCACCGCAUGUCUGACAGCAUGCCUGGCCCCAGCGGCUGCUCUGAGCGUUCUCAAUGGCAAGGCUCCCGAUGUUACUAUCAGCGACGACCUCAAGAUUCCCGGCGACUCUCCCCUCGAACUGUGCCCCGGAGACCAUACUGCCGACCUGAUCAGGAUUGACAAGGUCGACCUUGCUCCUAACCCUCCCAAAGCUGGCCAGGAACUCUUGAUCAAGGCUAAGGGAAUAGUCAAGCAGAAGAUUGAGCAGGACGCUUAUGUUCUUCUGACUGUCAAGUAUGGACUUAUUCGCCUUAUUAGCACCAAGGCCGAUCUGUGCGAGCAGAUUGGCAAUGUCGACCUGAAGUGUCCCGUCGAGGCUGGUGAAGUCGAGAUCACCAAGACUGUAGACCUUCCUGCCGAGAUCCCUCCGGGCAAAUAUACUGUUCUGGCCGACGUCUUCACCGCCGAUGAUGUCCAAAUUACCUGCCUCACGGCAACUGUCACUUUCUCUCGUAGCAGCAAGGGCUUUUUCGGCAGCGAUCUGUAAUUGGGACUACGGCGCAUUCAUAACAUACACAUGAUGGCAUGACUUAUCGUUGGGCACGUUCUCAUGGGGUUCUCGGUUAACGUUUGGUUUGGCGAAUCUUCUAGCUCUUCUCGAGCAACCUGCAGCGGCUUUAGAUCUAUUUAGCAUAUCUGAUAAUGAGUCCAUUGCAUCGAA